CAAAAUUUGGUAAUCUAUUGGUUUCUUCUAUUAAGGACCAGCGUGGCUCAAGCGACACCGUUUUGGUAAGGAAGAAAGAGCAAAAGGUUGGAGAAGGAAGAUAUGUCACUGGUCGACUACGACGAUUCUUCAUCCGACGACGAUGUUUUAGCCGCCGAGGAGAAACCUCUCCCACAGACGCAAAAGCGUCUGGUUUCUCCAGCUCAAUCUUUUCCUCCAAAGAGGCAGAGAUUUGAGCAGGACGAGAGUGUUGAGAAGCUACCAGAUGCUCUGCUUCUUCUGGAGUCACCGACACUCGCUCAGGUGACUGGCGGAGACCAUGCUUCCGUUGUUGCAGCUGCAAUGGCUGAGAGUGCAUUAAGGAAGAGAGACUUGAGUGGGAAUGCUUCUUCUCUUCCUCGUCGUCCCAAGCUACCAAGAGGAAAUUUGCCUCAUUCAAAGAAUUAUCCUGAAACUUUGGGUAAUGUGCUUGUGCCUCCUCAGCUCAAGGGAAGGAGCAAUGUUGCUACAGAGGAUAUGAGCAGGCUUUUUGUGAAAAAACGGCAAGACUCCACCAAGGCAAAAUCUCCAGAUCAGGAAUAGUUUGGUCAAAUUUGAAUGGUUUUAUUUCUCUGACUAAUUACGUAACAUUUUGUGCAACAUAAUAGUGGUAUCUUAGCAGAAAUAACAGAGUAUGCAACUUUUUUUGUUUUUUCAUUUAUUUGGUACUAUUUAUACAAAAGAAACAAAAAAAGUUCUGAUAUUUCCAUUAUUCUAAUUGCUUAGUAGUGUGAGUAGAUGUUAAAA